UUUUUUUUUUUUUUUCUUAUGGCGAUGCAGCAGCAGCUCGAUGGCACCGGGUGCCUGCGUGUCCCCCCGCCCCCGCGUCCCCGCUGCCACCCUGUAAUGUUGCAGAGGACAAAAGAUGACUGGAGGGUUUAGUUGGUUGUUGGUUUUUUGUUUUGUUUUUUUUUACGGUGCAUGUCACGCCGUUAUUAAUGGCUCUUCUGAGUCUGCUCGGGAGACGUGUAAAGUCCUGGGUCGUAUGACAUGUUCUUGGGCUUUGGUUUUUUAUGCAGAAAGCCACAUUGUUUUAACAGCAGUGUCUCAAAGGCCAGAAUUUAAAGACACAAUGAGGCGAGUGGUACGACAGAGCAAAUUUCGGCACGUGUUUGGCCAAGCGGUGAAAAACGAUCAGUGUUACGACGACAUCCGCGUUUCCCGUGUUACUUGGGAUAGCUCCUUUUGUGCAGUAAACCCCCGAUUUGUUGCAAUAAUUGUAGAUGCUAGCGGUGGCGGAGCGUUCUUGGUGCUGCCUUUGCAUAAGACAGGCAGAAUUGACAAGUCCUACCCAACAGUGUGUGGCCACACAGGACCGGUGCUGGACAUAGACUGGUGUCCUCAUAAUGACCAGGUCAUCGCCAGUGGCUCUGAGGACUGCACCGUCAUGGUGUGGCAGAUUCCUGAGAACGGACUCACCCUGUCCCUGACAGAGCCAGUGGUAGUGUUAGAAGGCCAUUCCAAGAGAGUCGGCAUUGUGGCUUGGCAUCCGACGGCACGCAACGUGCUGCUCAGUGCAGGUUGUGAUAAUGCAAUCAUCAUCUGGAAUGUGGGAACAGGUGAAGCCCUCAUAAACUUGGAUGACAUGCAUGUGGAUAUGAUUUACAAUGUGAGCUGGAAUCGCAAUGGCAGCCUAAUCUGUACAGCUUCCAAAGACAAAAAAGUUCGAGUUAUUGACCCCAGGAAACAAGAAAUUGUUGCUGAGAAGGAGAAAACCCACGAGGGAGCCCGGCCUAUGCGAGCCAUUUUCCUCGCUGAUGGAAAUAUCUUCACAACUGGCUUCAGCCGCAUGAGUGAACGGCAGCUUGCCCUUUGGAAUCCAAAAAACAUGGAGGAGCCAAUAGCCCUUCAUGAGAUGGACACCAGCAAUGGGGUCCUGCUGCCGUUCUACGAUCCAGAUACCAACAUUAUUUACUUGUGUGGCAAGGGAGACAGCAGCAUUCGCUACUUUGAAAUCACGGACGAAUCCCCCUAUGUUCACUACCUCAACACCUUCAGCAGCAAAGAGCCGCAGAGGGGCAUGGGGUUCAUGCCAAAGAGGGGCCUUGAUGUGAACAAGUGUGAGAUUGCCAGGUUCUUCAAGCUUCAUGAGAGGAAAUGUGAGCCCAUCAUCAUGACGGUUCCUCGAAAGUCGGACCUUUUCCAAGAUGACCUGUACCCUGAUACAGCUGGCCCAGAAGCAGCUCUGGAAGCAGAGGAGUGGUUUGAGGGGAAGAAUGCCGAUCCCCUUCUCAUCUCCUUGAAGCAUGGGUACAUUCCAGGCAAGAACAGGGAUCUCAAGGUGGUCAAGAAGAAUAUACUGGACAACAAGCCUGCCGCAAACAAGAAAAGUGAUCUCAUAAAUGCUCCAAAGAAAGCAGCUGAUGCCUCAAACACUCAAAAUGAAGCCAAAUUGGAUGAGAUUUUGAAAGAGCUGAAAUCUAUAAAAGACACGAUCACCAACCAAGACGAGCGCAUUUCCAAGCUGGAGCAGCAGAUGGCAAAGAUCGCGGACUGAGCAGGGCAAGCGGCGCUGGCCCCGCUGCCGGCCCAGGCACAUUCCAGUUCCCCAGUUCAGCAAGCAGCAGCGUGCAGCAUUCCAGUACGAGCUUUCCUGUUCUCCUAAAUUCACGUCAACAAGAGCUGAUGAUUAAAAGCCAAGCUUUUUAGUGAAAGAUUUUUUUUUCUGAUGUUUUAAUGAAUUUAUGUGACUGUGUCAAACAAGUCAAAAAGAAUAAGUGCUACUUUUACAGUCUUUUUUUUUUUUCCAGAUGUUAUGAAUUCUUGAAAAAAAUCCAUUCUGACUUUCAAUGUUGUGCCCAAAUAUCUUUUUCUAGAUUUAGGGACCAAUGCCACAUUGUUCUUAACCAUUUUUUAAAGUUGCCAAAAAAAAGAAGUUGCUUUUUAUUUUUC